AUGUCACCUAAACGGGAAGAAUUCGCUCCGCGUCUCGAGUGGCAGCAGCGUCAUACGCAGGCAUUAAAGGAUACAGCCGAGUCUCUGCAGAUUGGAAGGGCUACGGCACAUACGCUUAGUAUGCAGACCGAGCAGCUUGGUCGUAGUGAGCGUGUGGUAGACGAGACGCAAGCGUCAGUGGACAUGUCGAAGCGUAUUUUACUAGGAAUGUCGUGGUCUGGUUGGCUGUAUAAUAAAUUUUCAUGCUCGCAAGUUUCGACCAAUCAAAAGACAGAUGAGAUUAUUAUGGGAUUUAUUUGUCCUGAGUGUAAAAUAUUAUUCAAGUCUCCGGAACAAUUGGGGAUGCAUUAUAAUACGAAGCAUGAGAACAAAAAGGAAGAAACAAGGACAAAGGUGGAUACAAGAUGGACGGAAGAUCGAAAAGUACAAGAACAAAGUCAAAAAAAUACUGGAAAUGUUUCGGAGGAGGAUAUACAUGACAAAUUUAUUCGAAAUUUGGAGCCACAAUUGAUAGAGAUGAAGGAACAAGCAUUAGCAUUUGGAAAUGCAUUGGAUAUGCAGAAUCACCAGCUGGAUCGGCUCGAUUCGAAGAUUGGACGAGUCCAUCAUGACAUGAAAAAAGUGGGAAUUCUCGUAAACAAAAUUGCAGGAACGAAAAUGCCCGUGGAAUUUCGCUUUCGAUGUGCUUUUCAAGAGGUACAAACUGGAAAAUUCUUGCAAGAUGUAGACGGUGAAGCGCUGUUGGGUGCUGACGCUGUGGUAGCUGGUUGUGCAUUCCGUGCUUACACACUCGGUGAUGACAGCGAUGUCUGGGGCUUUCAAAGUGAAAAGUCAAGCUAUUUCUUGGGUAUCAAUCGGUAUGGAAAUUUAAAGGUGCGAGGUGCAGAUUUGAACUCGUAUGAGCAAUUUCUCGUGGAGAGCAAAGCAAGCACUCCUAUUUUUUCCUUAUCGAGCUUUUUUGGGUUUGGCGGUUGGAUUGCCAGGAAAGGAUCAGCGGUUGACAACAACUACCUUACCAUUAUUCGAGGAUCACCUGAGAACAAAUCGUCUGCUGCUUAUUUUGAAAUCGUUAUCUUGGAGGAUGGAAUAAAGGAGACGAGAAAGAAAUGA